AUGAACGUUUCGCGCAUGCCCAAGCGAUAUCGCGAUAGAAUGUUACACGUCCUUACUCCCGAUCCAAACGAGGUAAAACCGGAUUAUAUCACAGCCAUGUAUCAAAAGCCAGCUCUGAAAAAGUUAUUGUACGCUUGGUAUGGUAAAAAGAGCGGAAUAAAUCCUGGAAUAUUAUGGCCGUCUGUGGAAGAGCUGAAAGAUAUUAUUGAGUUUGAGAAAGAGUGGGAGCCAUCUUUGCAGGAUAUGUUGGCUAAGUUGAGGGAGGAAAGAGAAUUAGAAAUGAAAGAAAUUAAAGAGAAAGAGAAACUUGUUGAGUCUCGACUGGCAAAGAUGCCGCAGUACAUCAAAGAAUAUCGAGCUAGGUUGAAAAAAGCCGAAGAACAGGAAUUACAAUUAAAAAAGAAGAGGCAAGUUCUUCUGGAUGAGGCUCGAGAUUAUUUCGGAUACCAAAUUGAUCCCAAUGAUCCACGUUUUGAGCAAAUUAAGCUCGCUAAAGAAGAGGAAGAGAAAAAAAUGAUGAAAAAGAAGAAAAAAGAAGAAAAACUCUCUAACGUUGCUAAGUUCACUGGCUCCCCACACUAA